AUGAACAGCGAUGAGGAUCCGAAUCAGCAAAAUGAAAAUGGAGAGGCAUCAUCAUCUGCCUCACCUUUCAUGUCUUUCAGUCCCAAGCCCAAUGUCGAUGUAUCUCGUCGCUACACACAAAAACGGCAACCACCAUCCAUGGCAGAAUUCAUGACAGAAUUUGAACAAGAAAGAAGGCCUUCCUUUGUAGUGAGGCCACCAAGUGUCAGCUCCAAUCAUUCAGUCAUCUCUGAUGCAGAAGAAAACAGCAUAGCAUCAUAUGAUGAUAUCGAGGAGUUCUCGGAUACAGCAAGAUUAACAGUAAAUGCAUCUGAUGUAAAUGGUUUCCAUGGCAGCCAGGGGAGCAACAGUAAUAGGGAUCAAGAGCGACAUGCUGUUGCUAUGCAACCAAAUGAUGAUCUGGAUCUACAACAAAUUUACAAUACAAAUGUGAACAGCAGCAGAAUCUCUUUCCAGCAAGGUCGUCCUACAAGUAAAAUAUACGAGCCAGCUCUCAUUGACCCCGAAGUGGAUCAACGAAAUAGGAGACUGCACAAGCUUCUCCACGUAAAUAGACGAGCUUUGGCGAAAAACGUAUCUAGAACCAUUCGACGACUAUCCAAAAGAGUGGUCAAUGUGCAUAACAACUACAGUCCAGAAAAUGGCACAGCUCAGCCUCAACAGCCACACUCACAAGAUCCACGCCCACAGCAAAGCCCUAUCACUCCAUCCUCAGAUCAAGAGCAACAUGCAUUAACGAACAAAAAGGCUAGAUAUAAUGAGGAUGGAGGUGAAACAGAUUUCUCUUCAGAUAUCAACGAAGUGAUACCCAUGACUCGAACGCCAUCCAAUAACCUCAAACCCACAUCGGAUACCACCCCUUCACCAUCCACAUUGCACAGCGGCAGUAGCAGCAGUAGUAGUAUACACCAAAAAGAUACCAAACACAAGAUCCAGCUAGCAGGCAAUAGUUUGAGAUUGCUGUCACCCUCAAAUCCACUUCGACUCUUCUUUGCUAGAAUAUUAUACUACAAAUGGUUCGAGACAUUUAUCAUGCUCCUGAUUGUAUUGCAUGGAAUAGUGCUACUCGUAGUAGGAUGGGGAUCAAAUCCAUUUCCAGAGCCACCAAAUCAAUGGACACCAACGUGGGAUCAGAUCGUGCUGCUUGUUAUAUUUUCAUUUUAUACCCUCACAACAAUCUGUCGUAUCAUUGUGUAUGGAUUAUUCGUUAAUUCCACACCUGAUUCGAAAACAGCCUUUCUAAGACAUAGUUGGAACCGUGUCGAUAUUGUGUCGAUUGUGUCGUAUUGGAUUGAUCUAGCAUUGCUAUUGACGCAACAGGAGAUUAUAGGCGAGGACAGGCGGAUAUUGGUAUUCAAGAUGUUGUCUGCUCUCGUGCUCCUUCGAUUAUUGAACUUGACAGAUGGCAGCCGGGUGAUUCUGAACAGUUUGAAAAAGGCAGCACCUCUCUUGGUCAAUGUGCUGUUCUUUGUAUUGUUCUUUUUCGUGAUAUUUGCUAUUGUAGGUGUCCAAUCUUUUAAAGGGUCUUUCCGGAGACAUUGUGUGUGGCAUGAUCCCACCAAUUCAAGUAAUGUCCAGGAACUGCAGCAGUAUUGCGGCGGAUACAUUAAUGCUACAGGUGAUGUGGUGCCUUAUUUGUUGAAAGAUGGAUCGGAAGCACCAUGGUCUAAAGGAUUCAUUUGUGAGAUUGGCCUGACAUGUGAGGAAACCGAGAAUCCCUUCGGAGGCACAAUUAGCUUUGAUAACAUCUUCUCAUCCAUGCUCCUGGUGAUGAUUAUUACUGGUGUGCAAUCCUGGACCGAUCGUAUGUACGAUAUGAUGGAUGCCGAGUACUUUGUUGCUAGUCUCUACUUUGUCAUCAUCGUCAUUGUUAUGAAUUUCUGGCUGAUCAAUCUUUUCAUUGCCGUCAUCACCGAGAUGUUUGCCAAAGUCAGAGAAGACUCACAGCAUUCAGCAUUCACAAACUCAACUGCACGACCGGUAUUAGCAGAUGCUAACGAAGAAGGCGUUUGGGCCUAUUCAGAACAGGAUGAAGCGCAACGAAAAAAGCUGAAAAAGAACUCACCUUUAGCACUGGUAGUCAAAUACAUGAACCCGUUUUGGAUUGUCUUGGUGGCUGUGGACCUUUUGUGCAUGGCAUUCAAGAACAACAGCAUGUCCACUGAGGAACUGGAAGCGCUGAAUAUGGCAGAAACCAUCUUUUCCAUUGCAUUCUUGUUUGAGAUAUUGGUCCGCAUACUCAACUCGAGAAAGGACCUCAAAGGGUUCUUUAAGAGCAAGAUGAAUGCGACCGAUUUCUUGAUUGCAGUGAUCACCUGUAUCAUUCAAAUACCUCCUAUUCGCCAAAACGUGUAUGUGUAUGUCUGGUUUACUGGAUUUCAAGUGCUGCGUAUCUACAGACUGGUUGUCGCAGUGCCGAGACUGAGAAAACUGAUGUCUCGCGUUUUGGGCAGUGUAUAUGGUCUCAUCAACUUGUCUUUCUUUAUUGUGUUGGCCACAUUGCUAUGCGCCAUCAUUGCAUUUCAGCUGUUUGAAGGCGUCAUUAAUGAUUUGGGUGAAGAAAUGCGGUUCUUUUCAGUCUACAAUUCGUUUGUUUCUCUCUAUCAACUAUUCUCUGGUGAAGAUUGGACAACAGUUCUGUACAAUGUGAUGGAGGCAGGAUCAGAGAACAACAAUGCCGUCAUUUACGCUCUCUUCUUGGUGUUUUGGUUUGCUUUUUCCAACUUCGUCCUGGUGAAUCUGUUCAUUGCCGUGUUGAUGGAGAACUUUGAAAUUGCAGAAGAGGACAAGAGAAAGCGCCAAGUCAUGCAAUUUAUGGAAAAGACAGAAAAUGAACUGGGCCAGAAGACAGUUGUGAGUCGUUGGAACAUUUAUAGGUACUUUAAGCCCAAAGCCAAAGGCCUCGAUGUCAAGAAUAUCCCCAGCAACCUUGUCCUGUCUGUGCAAAAGAGCAUUGUGCGUGAAUUCAUGAAUGAAGCUACCGAUGUCAAUGCAAAUGAGCCAACACUGCAGUCAACAAAAAACCGUAGUCUAGCAGAACAGCAGCAGCAACAAACUGGUGUCUUGUCCAAGGUCAAGAACUUUUUAGACAAUCUGUAUUCGGACAGCAGCAGCAAGAAGAUGGAGGAACAGCGCAAGCAACGGAACAGAAACAGCGUAUACAUUGAUCCAGUCAAUGCAUUUGAUCAGGUUGGCACAUUUUACGAUUUCAAGAAAAGAGGUGGUGUUCAUGAUAUCAACGAGCCUCGAUCAUUGCGCUAUUUAGUGGAUCCUACCUUGAGAGAGACUGUAGCCAACAGAUAUCAGCAAGAAACGACAGACCUCGACUUGGAGGAACGAAAGGCUCUCAAAAGGGACUUUAUAAGAGCACAUCCUUCCUACGAUAAAUCGCUUUAUCUGUUUUCACCUAGCAACCGUGUUCGCAGAUGGUGCCAACUGAUUGUGCAGCCUAGUCGUGGAGAGCGUAUUUUUGGUACUCCUGCGUCGAAAUGGGGCAGCAUCAUCUUCUUGACCAUCAUUACCUGCUGUGUCAUUAUCAAUGUGGUAUUGACCAUCUACAACUCGCCAGUGUAUCAGUUUGAGAACCGCCAUAACCCAUCAGCUGUGAUGCCAUUUGUCUAUGUGGAUUGGGCAUUUACUGUCAUCUUUAGUGUUGAGUUUGUUGUCAAGGUGAUUGCGGAUGGUUUGAUCCUCACUCCCAACGCAUACAUGCUGAAUGGCUGGAAUCUGCUGGAUCUCUUUGUCUUGAUUACUCUCUACAUGUCUAAUUUCGGUAACUUUGCUGCUGCUACUGGCCUGGAGCGUGGUUUCCGAGCAUUCAAAGCUUUGAGAGCAUUGCGCCUGAUCAAUUUACUUGGCCCUGCCAAAGAAACUUUCACUGCUAUUCUUGUCACUGGUCUUCCACAAAUUCUGGACGCUGCUGUGCUGGGUUUGUGUCUCAUUGUUCCGUUUGCUCUCUACGGACAGAACGUCUUUAUGGGUCUAUUCUACAACUGCAAUGAUGGCGAUAGUAAUAGGCCCGAGUGUGUGUAUGAAGCAAUGUUGGGCACUCAAGAACCACUGCCAGAGGACUCUGAGGUGUACAUGCCUCGUAUAUGGAACAACCCCUACGUGUACAGCUUUGAUUCUUUCUGGAAGUCGUUACUGAUUCUGUUUGAAAUUGCAAGUGGCGAAGGCUGGAUCGAUGUGCUAACUACGAGUAUGGGCAUCACGGGCAAGGAUCUGGCACCGGAGCAAGAUGCAAGUCAGCUAUGGGGCAUCUUCUUUAUGGUGUACAAUCUCGCAGGCUCUGUCUUUGUGAUUUCGCUGUUUCUAGGUGUGGUGAUUGAGAAUUUCACAAAGAGAAACGGAACAGCAUACCUCACCAGUGAUCAAAGACGCUGGCUAGAUCUCAAGAAACUGCUAAAUCAAUUCAGGCCUGCCAAAAGACCCAAGACUGUGCCUGCUAAUCCCAUUCGAAAGUUAUGUUUCAACCUGACAGUCGAGAAGAGAGGCAAAUUCUACAAGUUUAUGACAUUUGUGAUUUCCUUAAACAUCUUGUUCUUGUGCACAGAUGCUGUGUAUGAUGUAAAUGAUGUUGACAAUGGAGAGACUGGAUGGAGUCGUAUUAAAGUGUAUGUUUACUUGCUGUUUGUUUUCGUGUACUGGGUGGAAAUUGCCAUCAAACUGCUGGGUCUUGGAUGGAAAUCCUUUCGUAAAAACCUCUGGAAUCUAUACGAUUUGACAAUGGUUAUUGGCAGUUUUAUAACUGCAAUUAUAACGCUGGGGAACCCGAAUUUGCAAGUAAAUGUCGAAUCGCAAAAGCUAUUCAUGACAGCACUCUGCUUUAAACUGGUUCAGAGAAGCGACAGUUUGAAUCAACUGUUCACCACCAUGGCUGCAUCGUCUUAUCAGAUCCUGAACGUGUUUGCUGUUUGGUUUGUGGUGCUUGUGACCUAUGCAAUCAUGUUUAUGCAAAUAUUUGGCCUGACAAAGUAUGGACCCAAUGCUACAACAGAACACAUCAACUUUAGAUCCUUUGCUAAUACUCUGAUUUCACUGGUUCGAUACUCUACUGGUGAGGGCUGGAACUCGAUUAUGCAUGAUUUCACUAUCGAAUACCCCAAUUGUGUUGUAGCAGACAACUACCUCGAUUCUGACUGUGGAUCGCUUCGAUGGUCGUACUUUUUGUUCUUGACAUUCAACAUUAUUUCUAUGUACAUCUUUAUCGCCAUCUUCGUCGCUGUGGUUGCGGAUAACUUUUCCUAUGUGUAUCAAAUCAAAGCCAAUUUCUCCUUGGUAAACCGAGAUGAAAUUAGAAAGUUCAAGAUGACCUGGGCAUCGAUUGAUACAGAGCGAACAGGCUAUGUCAAACCCGGUGAUUACAUGACAUUAUUCAGAAGACUAGAUGGUAUCUUUACAAUCCGCAUUUUUGAGCCCGAGUACUCUUACAAGAACCUCGUCAAAGAGUGCAGUAUAAACAACGGCAGCGUAGGCAAGGCUGACAGUGAUCCAUAUCAGCAUCAUUUGGAUCUGAAGGCGCUAAAUGCAAAGCUGAAUUUACUCGAAAAACGAGAUCUUCAUGCAAAGCGCCAGAAUUUAGAAAAGAUAUACUGGGAAACUGCACUAGUGGAAUCUGCAUCCAGGGGCGUAUCGUUUAAUCAAAUGCUACUGAUGCUUGCACAAAGAAAAUUAAUUGUUCCUGAGAAUGCUCUUAUUUUGGAAGAGUUGCUCGAAAACCAGAAAAAGGAGGAAGCUAUUCAUACGCUCAGUUCCAUUGAUCGAGUGAGAGGCCUGAUAGAGACCAUCUCGUUGCGGAAAAAGUUCUUGAAACAUCUUGAAAGCAAAAAGCAAAGAGAUGUGCCUGCUAUCAUCAUUGACAGAGGAGAUGUAGGACAAUCUUCAUCACCAAUCAGUGCAACCGAAUUACAGUCUCACAAUGAUGGUUCUGUUAUAUCCGUAACAAACGUUGCAAAUAAUAGCCGCUCUUCUUUCUAUGAUCUGUACCUUUCCAGUGAGGAGGAAGAUUUCGUAGAGGAUGACAAGGAUUUGAUAGAUCAUGACGAUCCCGAUGGUGGGGAUAAUCGUUCUCACGCCGAUGAUAGUAUCGUUGAAGACACCUCCUCUCAUGAUAUUUGGCAAGAGAUGUUGAGGAAUGAGUUUAAAUAG